CCCACUCCGUGAGGAGCUGCAGAUGCGAGUGAUGGCUCAGAGCACUUGCCCCAAUAGUCUGCUACAGGCUACACGGGGGACCUUUGUCUUUGUGUGUUCAUAGGCGCUGCUGCUACUCGCUAACAGCACUUGCCCCUGCAGUCUGUCGAGGCUACACGGGGGAUCUUUGUCUUUGAGUCGUCGUGAUUGGUAAACGAUGCAUUUGACGUUUGGAACGUCGUUACGACGUCAUUUUUACGUCGUUUUACGUCGUUUUUAACGUCGUUUUAACGUCGUUUUUUACGUCGUUCUCGCUACAAAGUCGCCCCAAGAAUUCCUUCCCUCCCCCACCCCCUGGCACCAGAUAUUUUUUUUAUUUUAUUUUCGUUUUUCGCGCCCGCGCUCGAGAAAUCCGACAAGCUACGAAGCUCUUCGCGCGACGGCUGCCCCCAGGGUCGUCGCUACGACCCGCGGAAUGGCUUCAUGCUGUGAUUUCUCCCCCGAUCAAAGAAGUAAAUUAAGACAAUCCAAGCUUUGGGAUUGUGGUCCGACUUUACGAUGAUGAUGAAACGUGAAGAUGCAGAUGCUGGUAGGGUCAUUUGAACAAAAAACCAUCUCGGAUAAUCACACUUCAAGCGUCCGUACAGCAGAAAUUCUUCAUUUGUAUGCCGGAGAGUUAAUCGGCAACAAUUACAGGGGGCGGGGGGGCGGUCCCCUAUAUGCGUCGUCUCGAUAUGCGUCGUUUCGCACUCACAUCGCCGUGGGCCUUUUGAGGAACCCAACGUGAAAUUUCCACCGCAAGCGCGUCGCUUACGCCAUUUCCCCGCUCGGUUUAGCCGAGUCGACAACACGUACUCUAACAAGUCGUAAAAACGCACUAGCGACGCGUUAAAGCGUACUGUAAGACAACUCGUAUUUCGCGCGUGAGCCGCCAUCUUGGCCCCAUCGUGGUCUCCCUCGUUCGCGUUGCACGUGAGCUACGAGCGCUGCUUGUAGAUCGGCGCGCGGACUUUUAUCGCAAAACGCCGACCCCGGCCGCUUCGACGAUGAGUGGCAAGCGUGGCGCCGUCGACGGCGUGGGUGGCGAGCGUCGGAAAAAGCGCAGUAGCAUCGCGCUCGACGUUAAAAUGGAGGUGAUCAAGCGGAGCAGGGAGGGCGAACGCGCGGUCGACAUCGGGCGCCGUUUGAAUCUUCCCCCGACGAGCGUGCGCACGAUAGUGAAGAAUGCCGACGAAAUCGAGAGCAAAGCCAAGCACGUGCUCAAGCAUUCGGAGGUGAAAAUUACACGGCAGAGGAGCGUCGUCAUGGAGCAAAUGGAGCAGUUGCUGGCGUUGUGGAUCGAGGAUCUGCACAGCAAGAACGCGCCGAUCAGCUUAGCCCUCGUUCAGGAGAAGGCCCUGAGCCUGUACGAGGACUUGAAAAGGGAGUUGGGAGAGGCGGAAGCGGCGAAAGAGAAGCCAUUCAAGGCCGCCCGUGGAUGGUUUUACAGAUUUCAGGCACGAUAUAGUUUCAAGGACGUUAAUAUACAAGGAGAGUCGGCCAACGCCGACGCGGAUGCUGCUGAGAUGUUUCCCGAAAGACUUAAAAUCGUUGAAGGAGGUGGGUAUGAUCCUACACAGGUGCUUAAUCAUCUCCAAACGCCUUCGCCAAUCAAGCGCAACUCAUCCACCCCUCGAGGAGCAGUCACGAAGCAAGAAGACGAAGGGAGUCUGGGCACCGAGAGACUGAGGAUUGUGGUGAAAACUGAAGUGGAGCAAGACGCUCCAGAUCUGAACCGUUUAAAAGUGGAAGAAUGCAGUGGGUGGCCAGAGGAGACUGGGAAUUCCCUCGAAUGUUUGGUCACUGCAGACCAGAACUUCAUUGAGGUGGAGUUGUCAGAAGAGGACUUUGGUGGAGUUGGUGCCGCUGCUGGAGAGUUACAGAGAAGUUGCCCAGCCUCCUCGCUUAAAAGCUCCCCUUGUACGAACCACGCGAAAAGGAGUGGUAAACGACCGGCAAGUGACAUUGCUGCCUCGUCGUCGAAGAAACCGAGGAACACCAUCAGUUUCGAGGUUAAAUUGGACGUGCUGAAUCGGUUUGAUGCGGGAGAACGUGCCGUGGACAUCAGCUCUGAUCUUGGCCUGCCACCCACGAGCGUGAGGACAAUCCGUGCCAACGCUCACAAGAUAAGGGAGUACGCUCGAAGCGUGACCACGUUAAACGCUGCCAGGAUAAUCAGGGGCAGGGACAAGGUGAAGGACAACAUGGAGAGGUUGUUAAGCGUUUGGAUCGAGGAUCAAGGACAGAGGAACGUGCCCAUGAGUUUGAUGAUGAUACAGGAGAAGGCCAAGUCACUAUUUCGGGACUUAAAGAAGGAGCACGGUGAGAUUUCAACCAUGCCAAACUUUUCCGCGAGCCGUGGUUGGUUCGAUCGGUUUAAGCGUCGUUGCAACCUGCAUAACCUCAAAAUGACCAGUGAGGCCGCUGUUGUUGACUUGGGGGCAGCAAAGCGAUACCUGGAACAGUUUAAAUUCAUCGUAGAAGAAGGUGGCUAUUCUCCCCAGCAGAUUUUCAACGUUGACAAGACCGACUUGCAUUGGAAGCGAAUGCCUUCCCGCGCGCGCAUCCCCGAAGGGGAAAAGGCGGCCGCGGGUUUCGAAGCCGCUAAAGACCGGCUGACCCUCCUGCUCGGCGGCAACGCUUCGGGGGACGUGAAGCUCAAGCCUCUGCUUGUGUACCAUUCGGAGCAUCCGAGGGCCCUGGCAGGCUACUGCAAGAACAACCUCCCCGUCAUUUGGCGGGCAAAUAAAGAGGCCCGGGUGACGACGGCCGUGUUCCAGGAUUGGUUCACAUCGUGCUUUUGCCCUUUCGUGAGGGAUCACUGUGCCAGAAACAAGCUGGAGCACAAAGCGCUGCUCGUCUUGGACACUGCGCCCGAGCACCCGGCGAACCUGGACGACCUGGCCGAAAACGUGCGGGUUGUCUUCCUGCCGCCGAACGCGACGUCGCCGCUGCUGCCCGUGGGCCGGGUCGUGACCGCCACGUUCAAGGCGUACUACUUGCGUCGGCUCAUGGGCCAGCUGGCCGCUGAGACGGACGGUGUAGGGAAGCCAACGGUCGGGGAGUUCUGGCGCGGCUACGACAUCAGGAAGGCCGUCGAUAACGUCGGGGCGGCGUGGCGCGAGGUGACGCCGGCGCACCUGAACGGCGCGUGGAGGCAAAUCUGGCCCGAGUGUGUCGACGGGUCGACGGGUUUUGCGAAGACGGUGCCAGAAAUUCGACGGGAAAUCGUCGGGCUAGCCAGGCGAGCCGGGUUUGACGGAGUCGACGAGGGCGACGUUCGGGAGUUGCUCGAGUGGCGCAGCGAGGAACCGUCUCACGAAGACCUGCUUCAGUUGAAACGGCGACGACGACGAGCGGAGGAGGAGGAAGAAGACGAAAGCCUCCAUGCUGUAACGCCGCCCCCUAAGCAGCUGACGGCAAAAAGGCUCUCAGAGGCGUUCGGCCUUUUCGAGGCGGGAAUGGACAUCCUGACGGAGGAUGACCCCAACAUGGAGCGAAGCUGCGCACUUAAGUGGGGCUUUGAAAGUCUCGUUCGCUGCUACAAGGAGCUGUACCAGCAGAAGAAGAAGAAGGAGGCGGCAACGGCCGUCCAGAUGUCCCUGCAAUCGUUUUUCGGAGAAGGGCGCUCUGGAAAAGACUCCUGACAGCGGCGCAGAAACAACGCCAGGAAAGUUCCCAGAGAGGAGCCCCUGCAACGGGCCCUAGAAGGAGGGAGCCCGAGGGAAGAGCCAAGAAGAAUCUGAAUCAGAAUAUUUAUUUAUACUGGAGGAAUCCGAUGAGCUAUGAAGCUCUUCUUUUGCACAUACGUCCUAAGAGGACCCAGGAAUUUCGUUCACCCUCGGAUGAAAAGGCAGACAGAUCCUGAAUUUUUGUCCCGAGUACCUCCUCAAAUCCUCACCUUCACCCCCACACCAGGUCUCAAAAUGCAAUCUCCAUCGCCGCCUCUGGUGAGUACUCUGCACUCACUCCGAUUAGCACUGUUGGCUAUGUACGGUGCGAAAGAAGUUCAACAUACCGUCGAUCUUCCAUUAUCCAGCACGCAAUUAUCCGGCUUCCAACAUUAUCCGGCGGUACCGCUCCAAAGGCUGUACCAGUCCGGCGAUCGGCACCAUGUGUGUGACGCAAAAAGUAUCUUUGCUUGAUUUCAGUGUCAAAUAUAUACAGUACGUUGUACACUACAUACAACUUAAGUAAUAAAAAUACUACAUGUAUGUGCACCAUAAAAUGUACAGUGUGAUCCGGCAAAAAGUUGCGUUGUGUAAUUCGCCGUUCGCAUCGGUCCGGCGAUCGUGAAACAUAUGUUGUUGAAACCAGGGCAUAGUAGUUGUAGUACGUACAUCACUCCAUGAUGCAGACUCUUCAAGAUUGGAGUGGUAAGUAUAGUCCAGUAAAUACGGUGACUUUUUACCGUAGCGUAUUUAUUGUUGUCUAUUUGUACAUUUAUUUAUGCCAAUUUCAUAUCAUAAACACAUUUCUAACACAAAACAUAUACAUACAACACCUAAAAACAAUGUUAUGCAAGAAUGUAAAAAAUAAGCUAUUUUAAAUAAUGAUGAUUUGUUGAUUAUCCGGCGUUUUUUGAAAAUCCGGUGCCCACUUCCCCCGCUGAAGUCGCCAGAUUAUCGACGAUCUGCCGUGUUAUUUAUUUUUGUUGUGUCACAUCUUUUUGGGUAUCUCAUGUUAUCUUUUUUGGUACUUGAUAGUUUUUUUUCUUCUGCUUAGUUUUGACCAAAAGAAAAUUUACCCCACGCGAACGCCUCCUAAAUUCGUAUCAUUUCCGUCAACGGUAACAAAAAUACGUUUCAAUUUACUCUAAUUUUUCGUUCCAUAGGUGGGUUUUUAUUUUUUAUUUACGAGGAUGCAUCCCCGAACGUAAAUGGGAGGACUUUAUCAGUAGACUUCAAAAAAAGACACGGUGUUAUUCCAAAGAGCUCUUUCUGCGUGUGAGUUGGCGCAGAACGUCAGUGUUGGACUGGGCACACGAUGAGAGUUGCGCGGCAGCAAACAUUCAGACUUUUAACAUACCUGAAACCCUGGAAGGAACGGCAACUUGGCUUCGCACGUCAGCGUGCAGCUCUGUCUGUGGCUGUUCUUCUGCAUCCACGUAGUUUAGUAGUAGUUGAAUUGAAGGUGGGGGGGGGGGAGUUAACAGCCGACUCGCACCCGCGGUGGCUACAUGUGCUAUGAGGGGUAUAGCCGAUUUGAAUUGGCCUUCCCUCCAUGGCAUUAUUCAGAUUCUCCACAGCGUUACCGUCUGCCACCAAUGAGGAGGUAGGGGGUUGUUUUUGGCGGACAAGCGUGGACUUGCCGUUGACUGGUAUCAGCGGUGUCAAGAUCGGCUUCUGUGGAGGAGGCUCGUGAAGGACGCCACUGGGCAGUUGGAGGCAGUCGCCCUCCAGCAACAAAUGGAGGGCAGAGGAGCGACGCUCACAACAACGGGCGGGGCGCCGGGCGGCUAAAACACAGCAAGUUGGUACAGUAGGGGGCACAAGUGGUGCAUCUGCCAACCCAUGGCACCUGCUGGGUCUGUCCUAUGACCUCCUGCCAGCGGAUAUUCGACACUUCACGUAGCCUUAAAGUGCACAUAGCCUGGCAAAAGUGACGUGGUGACAUCACUGCCACUUAGUGGCGAAUGGCAGUUGUUCUUCUGUGUAGAUUCCUCUUGUCUGAACUUUGCCUGAUUUUCACUCCUUAUGUAGUGAUGAGCGUUACUUAAGUAGGUUUAUAUGAUUGCGUGUGCAUGCGUUGUCACCUUCUAAUUGGAAAGGUGGCAUGGACACCCAACGUGAUGAAACAUCACUGCUUCACUACUGUUCUCAAAUUGGAAAAAAGCAAGAGUACGGUAAAGAUCCUGUGAUGUGAUUUGCAGGAGUAGGUCAUCCUGCACUGGCAUUAUUCAUGCAAACUCCAGGUCGUCCUCGCAGCAGUGGCUUUUUAGCUCACCACAUCGAACACCGCAUCGCGCGGUGCCUUCAGACGCGCUUCCGCGGUCGUCUGGAACGCUCUUCCUUCCGAUAUUAGGAAGCCACUUGGAGCUAUGCCACUUUUAAAUCAUCAUCUAGAUUUACAAACUAAUUUAAUAAAAAGCUGCUUUUUGUGUCUAGUUUGUUGUCCUUCCACCACCCCGCCGCAUCUCAGAUUAGCACUGUUGGCUACAUACAGUGCGAAAGAAGUUCAACGUACUUACAGCCAAUGUGGUUACACCGACUCACCUCGUGUGUUUCUCUGUGUCUAUCUGUCUCUGCCUGUCUCCGUGUCUCUCUCUGUGUUUGUCUCUCUGUCUAUCUCUCUAUCAUUUUAGGACGAGUGUCUCACUCCAUGUGCUUCUGUCUCUCUCACCAUCUCUGUAGUUGAGUCUUGCAUUGUGAAAUCUCGAUUUACAAACUAAUUUCGGUUGUCUAUGUACGACGCAAAAGAAGUUCAGCAUACGUAUGUGAAGACAGGGUGCCAUCUCUUGACCAGGAGGGGUAAUCACGAGUAUGUUUUAUAUUAACCAACUAGAAGAGGGGUGUAACUUGGUAAAAGGUCGGGGUCAGCCGGGAAGCUCCGGGAACCUGCUCGAAGGUUCUAGAAGGGGGCAGUGGCUGGGGGCGUGGCCGGGGGCGGGGCCUGGCCAUGCCGGGAAGUAUAUAGGGGGGACGUGACCGAAGGUUCGGGGCUGUCGUGGGGUCCCGAGUCUUGGCUGCCGUCGCCGUCUUCGCCGUCAUCUCUCUCUUCAUCGUUCGGCCGCGUGGCCGAUCCUCUGCACGGCUCCCAUCGUCGUCGUCGCUAUGUUAGUCAGCCAGCUAUAUAGUUAGACGCCGACGAAGGGGCUGUGUAGAUGGGUCAGCUAUGCAUAGCCGUGUGUAUAUAUUUAUCGCCCAGUGAUUGUGCCUGAAGUGUGAGAAUAAAUAAGAAGCCCUCUACAUGUUGUGUCUCUGAAGUCGCUCCCUACACAUACAUAAAUUAUGGUCCUAAAUUUCAAACUUAGAAAAUUUUCCUGCAAAUGUCUAGAUUGGAAUAUGCAUUGUAAACAUCACCCCCUUCUGCAAAAAAAAAAUUUUCAGUAUCCUCCUGUAAAAGAGUUUAUUGAGACUCCCCCAGAGUCUUUGCCGGAAAAAGAGAUGCAUAAUAAUAAUUGAAAUGAAACAAACUUUAGAAAACAGUUCGUAACUAUAUCUUCACGUAAACAGAAUGUGCCAAUUCGUUACUAGUAUAGCACUAACCAGUGUGUUGCAGAGCAAAUCCAAAAUAUUUACAAUGUAACAAAUUGGCACGUUCUGUUUACAUGACAAACCUUACUAAUUGACUGUCAGGUGGUGGCGGGUUUAACGACACAUUUACGCAAUCUAAAUGAUAUUGGUCGCAAAAGCCUAUGUGUUAAACGGUCAUAACCGUCAGCCCUGAUAUGUAUAGCAUUUAUAGUUGUGAUAAUACGGGUUUAUAUAUAUGUAAAAAGUUAUGCUCUGGUUAAUUUUGCGAAGCUAUCUUUUGACCAGAAAUAAAAUAGCACAGACACUAUGCUUAGGAGUGUGGUUUAAUCUCGGGUGACUUCUACUUAAAGAUGAUCAGGGUAAGGUCCAACUGGACUCCACCAUUAUGUUGUGUACGAUUCCAUGCCAAUUUUAUCCGCUUUGAAUUGACUGAGAUUCAUUUGUUUGAUUACAGAAGUCGGAGCUGAUUCUACAUAUUGAAAAAUUGAAUUCACUUGAGCAAGAUCUGGAAAAAAAUGCAAACCUUUUUUAUUUUUUACCGGUGCCAUUUCUGUCGGUUGUCGUUACAUUUUCCUGCAUCGGUUUGACGGAACUAUGAACUUGUUAUUGUUCAAAUAAAGCGGCAGAAGAAGCGAAAGAAAUGGAGCUCCCUUGAAAACAAAGAUGGACGAAGCAGAACGCACCACCAGCAAGAUCCCCCUGAACAAGCCUGCAAGCGAAGCGGGAAGGCGCUUGACCCUUUACCGCAUUGUGCACGACAGUCGCUGGGACGGGUUUUGCAACGCGCUCGUUAGUUUGAACGCACAUUCUGUGUCCCAUGGGUGGCGAGAGGCCGCGCGUGCGUUCGAGGGCUUUUGGGUGACGUUCCACACUGGAUCGCGCGCUGGCAAGAGAAGCCUCGUGCGUGCAAGGCAUGCGGGAAGGAGCCGUGCUUUACAUAAUGGGUUCGGAGGCACGCGUUGGGACACGCGCUGGCGAGAGAAGCCGCCGCUUGUGCGUGAAGGUUUUUUUUAUCAACGUUAUACAGUAGACUCGAUUAUCCGCGCUAAUGAUGGGAGGACAGCCACGGAUAAUUCAAAAUCGCGGAUAAUCCAAAAAUAUAACUAUUGUCCGCGGAUCUCUAUGCCAAAAAACACUCAUUGGUAUAUGUUUUAAGUUAAGAGAAUUACAUUUUUUUAUGAACAAAAUAAAUAUUCAUAGUAAAGAA